AUGAAUAGCAUUGAUAGUUAUCAAAGCAAGGCAACAAUGAAUGCAUAGUCUAUAAUCUCUAAAAUAGCCACUCGAAAUGGAUAAGCAGGGUAAGCAAGUAGAGUUAUAUGUUAGUAAUGGCUCAUUGAUAGCAGCUUUGGAUGAGGAAACUGUCUCUGCUGCUUGGAAUGCAUUCGGUAAUUAUAAAUUUUGUAUUGUAAAGGUCUUCAUGUUUCAAGAUAAUUACGAAUGGGUAGAGGAGUAGCAAUGAAUAAAUUUGGAACAUUUUCUUUUAGUGCUCCAGAUGUUAUAUUAGAUGGAGUUACCAAUCCAGUAGAAAGAGAUAAGUAGCCACGUUAACCAGUUUUUCUUGUUGCAAAGGUAGUCGAUUAAUUUUAUGUAAGGAAUUUGUUAAUGGAUUCAAUCUAAAAACUGCCAUAGCAAUAGGUCGAUAAUUAAGACCUUAUAAAGUGCAAACAUCUGGUAAGAUAUAGCAUGCAAUUGUAAAUUGGGCAGAAAUAGCAUUGUAUGCAUCUUAAAAUAAGGAUUCAGCUAAAAUGGCUGUUGAGAGAGUCAUUAAAUCAUUAUCUGAUAUUGUUCGCAAUGUAUAUAAACUUAUAAAUGAUUUUAGAGGGAUGUUGUUGAAGUUGAAAUACCAUGUGUUGGUACAUUUUUUGUUAAAUCCCAUUGUGCAGCUGUACAAUUUUUAGAUUCCCUUAUGGAUAGUUGUAAAGUAAAAUAUUGGAUCAAUAUUUCUUUAUAGGAAAUAACAAAGAGACCAUUGUCAGAGAGAAAAUCUAAAGGAGAUAUGCGUUUGACAUAGUAGUUCCUACAAUAAUUGAGUAAGAGUCAGUAUCCUGAAGAAAAUAAUAUGAUGAUUGAUGAAGGUGCCAGGAAUUAUUUAACUAAUUCUCUUGGGAUUGAAUUACCUGAUGCAAGACCUAAAACUGCUAAAAAUUCAUAAGUUUAGUCUAAAAAGGGUGGUUUUAUGAGUAAAACUGUAAUAUUUAAUGAUCAAUAAUAUUUUUAGAUAGAAUUAAGACCAUCAACUUAAUAGAUUUCUAGAAUGGGAUUUCAAAGAUCAGUAAAUGAUAAAGUGCAUGCUUUAGAAAGAUUAAAAUAUUAUAUUAGAGAUCAUGCAUUAAAUAUUGAAGAUGUAAUAUUAGAAUAAUAAUAUUAAUUAGUCAUUUUUAGAUUUAUGUUAAUAGGCAUUUGGUAAAACUAGUGAAAGAAAAAUUAGAAUGAAUUUUGAUGAUUUUAAGAGGGCUGUGAUUAAGAUUGAUUUACCUCUUAAUGAAAUAUAAAUAAUUACUUUGUUUUAGACUUUAGAUGUUAAUAAUGAUGGUUUUAUUGAUAAAUUUGAUUGGCUUAAAGCUAUUGUUGAUAAAAGUAAAUAUUAUAUAUAUAAAUUUAAUAGAAACUCAUAUAAAUUAUAUAAAGGAUGUUGUGUAUAAAUUCUAAAUUCAUACAGAUGAUUUAUUAUAGAGAAUGAAUUUACAUCGAGAUCAUCCUCCUGUUAAUUUGUAAUAAUUAAAAUUUGCUUUAAUGCAUUUAGAUGAGUCUUUAAAUUAACACAAAGCACAUAAAGUGGCAAAGGAAAUUUUGGAUGGAAAAGAAACCAUUAGUAUGAAUGAUUUAUUAGCAUUAUUUAAUACAGUUGAAGAAGAUGACAAAAUGUAUGAUUUGUCAUGGUUUAAAGAUACAUUGCAUAAAAUGAGAGAUCAUUUAGUUGAUCCUUAGAAAAUGAAGGUUUUGAGAUCAUCUUUUGAAUAUUUUGAUGAACAUUAAGAAGGUAAUCUAGAUACUGCCAAUUUUAAGACUGUCUUAAUGGAAAGUUCAUUGGGAUUGAAUGUUUAAGAUAUAAAUAGAUUAGUUCGAUAUCUUCCAAAGAAUAGAGAUUCAUUAAUAAAUUACUAUGAUUUUAUUUAAAUGAUUAUGGAUGUUAAUAAAUAAAUGGAUUAAAAGGAUACAGCUAAAGAUCUUGUUGAUUUUGCAUAAAAAAUCAAUAAGUAUUUAACUUAAAAAAAAUUCACUGUUAUAUAAUUUUUAUAAUAAGUAAAAUCAGGAUAUGGUUCAUGCAAUAUUGAAUCUACUGCAUAAUAUUUAGAAAAGAAUCUGUUUACUUAAUUAUCUCAUGAUGAAUGUUUAGAAUAUUGUAGAGAAAUGGAUGUUGAUGGAAAUGGUGUUGUUAGUGAUGAAGAUAUGAAUACAUUUAUAAAAAGAUAUUCAUAUUUUAAUGUUAGAAAGGAUUAAUCUUAAAUUGAAUAAAUUGUUGAAAGUUUGAAGAUUAAACCUUAAUUUGGAGAUAAUUUAUCAGCUAUUGAAAAUACUUGUGUUUAAUCUAAAUCUAUUGAUUUAGUUACUAUGGGACAAAAGAAAAUGUUUUAAUCUUUAGUUGAUGGAAUGAAUUAAUCAAAAAGUUUAUUUCCUGUUGAAGAAUUACCAGAAUCUAAAUUUGAUUAAAUACUUAAGGAUUUAAGAAUAAAAUUAAAUAGAAAGGGAAUGUCAUAUGAAGAACUUUUUACAUUCUUAGAUACUGAUCAUAAUGGAUUCUUAUCAAUAAGUGAAUUCUAUAAUAUAGAUAAAAUUAUGACUCUAAGUUAACCAGCUAAAGAUGGAUUCUUUGCCUUUAUGGAUAAAUAGAAAAUUGGUUUAAUUGAUCUUAAUACUUUUGUUAAAUUUAUGAGUAAAUCCAUUAUUUAAUAGAUGCCAUCUUUAUCUGAAGAUGAUUUUGAUUGGGAAUUAGAAAUCCUAUUCAAAAUAAGAAAUUGGUGUUAAAGAGAGAAUAUUACUGUAGAAGAUGCCUUUAGAACAUUUGAUAAAGAUUUUGAUGGUUAAAUAAACAAAGCUGAUUUAAGAACUUUUCUAAAGGAUAUAUUGAAAAUUGAAGAAAAAGAAAUUACUGAAGCAAAAAUCAAUAGAUUAUAUAAGUUGAUGGAUUAAUAUAAAAGAGGAAAAAUUACAUUAAUGGAUUUUAAAAGAUUUGUAGAAGAAGGAUUUUUUUAUGGUAAAAAUAAAUAAGUAUUUGGAUAAACAACAAAUGUAUCUGCAAAAUCGUAAUAAGAAUCAAGAUCAUCUUUUGAUUGGAAAAUGAAUGCUAGAUAAUAAAUAGGAUUAAUUAUAAGUAGACAUUAUCCAAAUGUAAAAGAAUCUUUUGAUAUUGUUUCAGGAUAUCGUAAAAAAUUAGUAUUCUAAAAAUUUAAAAAAUGGAUUGAUGAAAAGAAUGUUCUUUCAGGAUUUGAUUUAACUGAAAAAUUAGUAUAUGAAAUCUUUUCUGAUCUUGAUUCUCAUAAAAAAGGUUAUUUAGUAGAAUCUGAUUGGCUGAAUGCAUUUGCUCAAUAUAAUUGGUAAGAUUAAAUGAUUAAAGAAAUCUAAGAUGCACUUUCUACUUAUUUUUCAAGCAUUUAAAAUGCUAUUCACUAUUUUUAGAUGGAGCAUAGUCAUGUGAUAACAAAAGAGAGCUUUGCAAGGGCUUUGUAAGCUUUAUUCCCAAAAAGAUUUGUUGAAGGUGACAUAGAAACUUUAUGGACAAGAGUUCAAAAAAAUGGAUCUUUAAGUAAUCAUGCAUUUGCACUUAUAUUUGGAAAAGGUACAAAAGCUUAUGAGCUUCCUGAAGGAUAAUAACAAUAAUAGCAUAUUAGACCUAUGACUUAAGGGUAAUAAUUUAUUAAUGAUUUUAUAGAGGUUUAAGUGAAUUACCUUUGGAUGAGAGAAAUCAAGUUAACAUUAGCUUAUUAGAUAAAAUUAGAAGAUUUUUGAGAAAUUCAAAUAAAAAUAUUAGCGAAUUAUUUAAAUAAUAUGAUUCAGAUAAUACUGGAUUCAUUACUAAUUUAGAAUUCCGUUAAGUAAUCAGAAGUCUUAAUAUGGGGUUAACAUUUUAAGAUAUUGAUAUAUUAUCAGCUAUGUUAGAUACUGACCGAAAUAGUAUGGUAAAUUGGAGAGAUUUUGCAAAGAGAUUAGAUUUUAGAUAAGCAGAUAAUAAAAUAUUAGAAAGAGCAGCAAUUCAUUUAUAGAGAGUUAAUGAUCAUAUUUAUCAUUAUUUGUUAUCACCUAAAGAUGCAUUUAGAUAGAUUGAUGCACAACAUACUGGAUUUUUGAGUUUUGAUAAAUUUAAGGAUAUGAUUGAAAUGUUGUAUAGAUUGGCUACAGAAGAUAUUCCUCCAUUUGCUAUUAUUAAAGAUCUAUUUGAAUUUAUAGAUAAAAGAAGGGAUGGUUUAUUAGAUUUAACAGAAUGGAUGGAUGCUUUUUCUAAGUUUUCAAACCCAAAUGAAAAGAAAAGGUACUUUCUAUCUUUUAAUAAUUAGACCCAUGAGUGCAAAUGUAAGAGUGAAAAAAUCAUCACAAAAAUCAUUAAUGGCUUAAACUGAUAAAGGAUGGAUGACAAAACAAAGUGUUUAAUCUCCUUAAUAAUUUGAGGGAUUAACUGAUGAUGGAUUAAUGAAUGCAACCAAUAAAUUCAAGACUUUUUUAAGAAGACCUCCAGUUAAGCAAACUGCACUUUAAUAUGUUGGUAAAUAUUUAUUUAAUCAUAAGAAAAUGGUAUUUGGGAGAGCUCUAAAGAAUUUGAUAAAACAAUAAAUGCAAUUGGAAAGAACAGGAAGUAUCUUCUUGAAAUAUUUAAGCAUUUGACUUAGAAUGGUCAAAUUCCACUUACUGAAGAUGUAAUUAUUUAAAUAUAUUUUGUAGUUAAUAAAAUAAGAAAUGGAUAGAAUGUUAAGAUCUUAAGGAAUUGUUGUCAGAGAUGAAUAAUGGCCUUAAUUAAUUUCUUGGUCCAAAAAAAAUGGCCGUAUUGAUUAUAAAUUCUUGCUUGAAGUAUAUAAGGAUAGACUAAACGGUAUGGACACACAACCUAGAAUGGGGGAUGAAUGAUGAAUAUUUAUUAAAACAGCGGGCAAUGUUAUAUUAAUAAUUAAAUAAAAAUUUUAAAAAAGCCCUUUCAGCUUUUUAAAUCACAAGCCUUCUCCCAGAUAGAACAAGUAUGUUUUGAAUAUUAAUCCAUCUAGUGAGCAGUACCAAAAAUAGAGUGUAUAAAAAGUCUUAGACUGCAAACAGCUCUAAGUGUCUCUUCGUUCCUAAAAAGAAGGAACGAGAAUAAAUCUAUAUCACACCACCUUCGAAACACAAGGUAGUAAUCAUUUAUCUUAUUUUAGAAUCCGCUUUCCAAUAUUGAAGAAUUGAACAUUGAUUCUAAUUGUUCUACCGACAGCAGUCAACGCUUAGAAAAUCUAAGCCCGGUCUAUUAUUGCCCUAAAGGCAAAGAACCUUGUGGUGAGCUUUAAGUUGUCCUUGACGGUGACGUGAUCUAAGUGAUAUCCUAAACAAGGAAUAGGAGAAAAUCACGAAAGUUCAGUGACCAAGAGACCUAUGCUAUGAGUAAUUUCAUAGCUGGUCCUAAAUGUCUGGACAUCCCAUGCCCUUAGUUCCUUUGAUC